UCAGACUUUGACCCCGGCACAGGCUUCGGCGGUCGCCGUGGAUCAGGAGCCUAAGAGCUUUGGUUCGAGACAGUUAAAGACGUGGGAUGAGGAUCCAGUGACAGGACGCGGUUCUGCCUGGGAUUCCGAAGAUAAAACGCUUUGAAAGUCGAAUUCAUGGUCGCAGAAGCCGAGCCCAUAUUAAGCAAUGUCAGCGUCAAAGUGGUGAAGACUCUGCUCUGGGACAGAGCUUGGAGCUGCAUGGCCCCUGCCCCCCGCCUCCGUGGGCCGCCCCGGGGUCUCCACGGGUCUCUGAGACCUCGUGCCCAGUCGGGGACGGUGAUGGCCAACACCAUGUCCAUUCUGGCGUCAGUGAGCUGCAGCAAACCCCAGGCGUCCGACCUCCGAUCAUGAAUGGGCCCAUGCACCCCCGGCCCCUAGUGGCGCUGCUUGAUGGCCGGGACUGCACAGUGGAGAUGCCCAUCCUGAAGGACGUGGCCACGGUGGCCUUCUGUGACGCGCAGUCCACACAGGAGAUCCACGAGAAGGUGCUGAACGAAGCCGUGGGUGCGCUCAUGUACCACACCAUCACGCUGACCAGGGAAGACCUGGAGAAGUUCAAGGCCCUGCGGAUCAUUGUCCGGAUCGGCAGCGGCUUUGACAACAUCGACAUCAAGUCUGCGGGGGACCUAGGCAUCGCUGUCUGCAACGUGCCGGCGGCGUCUGUGGAGGAAACGGCCGACUCCACCAUGUGCCACAUCCUCAGCCUGUAUCGCAGGACCACCUGGCUGCACCAGGCACUGCGGGAAGGCACGCGGGUCCAGAGCGUCGAGCAGAUCCGGGAAGUGGCUUCUGGAGCCGCCAGGAUCCGAGGGGAGACCCUGGGCAUCAUUGGACUUGGUCGCGUGGGGCAGGCGGUGGCGCUGCGGGCCAAGGCCUUCGGCUUCAGCGUGCUGUUCUACGACCCCUACCUGUCGGACGGCACGGAGCGGGCACUGGGCCUGCAGCGGGUGAGCACCCUGCAGGACCUGCUCUUCCACAGCGACUGCGUUACGCUGCACUGCAGCCUCAACGAGCACAACCACCACCUCAUCAACGACUUCACCGUCAAGCAGAUGAGACAAGGGGCUUUCCUGGUGAACACAGCCCGGGGCGGCCUGGUGGAUGAGAAAGCGCUGGCCCAGGCCCUGAAGGAGGGGCGGAUACGCGGUGCAGCCCUGGACGUGCACGAGUCGGAGCCCUUCAGUUUUAGCCAGGGACCCCUGAAGGAUGCACCGAACCUGCUCUGCACCCCCCAUGCAGCCUGGUACAGUGAGCAGGCGUCCAUCGAGAUGCGCGAGGAGGCAGCCCGGGAGAUCCGGAGAGCCAUCACAGGUCGGAUCCCCGACAGCCUGAAAAACUGUGUCAACAAGGACCACCUGACAGCCGCCACCCACUGGGCCAGCAUGGACCCAGCCGUUGUGCACCCCGAACUCAAUGGGGCCGCCUACAGCAGGUACCCUCCAGGCGUGGUGGGCGUGGCCCCCAGCGGCAUCCCGGCUGCAGUGGAAGGCAUUGUCCCCAGCGCCAUGUCCCUGUCCCAUGGCCUGCCCCCCGUGUCCCACCCACCCCAUGCCCCUUCUCCUGGCCAAACCGUCAAGCCCGAGGCAGAUAGAGACCAUGCAAGCGACCAGUUGUAGCUGGGGCGGAGCUCUGCGGCCGCGGCGCAGGCGGGCAGCGCCCUCGGGCAGGCGUGUGCAGAGCUGGUGGCCACGGGCUGCAGACUGUCCAGGCGCGAGGCGGGCAAGAGGCGACCGAGCCUCCCCCGCGUCCACUAGUUGUCCCGUCCUGAGGGCUGGCUGCCGCCGGGUCCUUUGUGUCCUCGUUAAGCAAAAGAAUUAGUAGUUAAUCCGUCAUGAACAUUCUUGUCUGUGUACCGUCUUUAGAACAUCACAGAGGAUUUGUUUGCUUAUCUGUCAACAAAGAGAGAACCCGAGGGAGCGUUCAGCCAGUCGUCUGUGUUGGAACGCGCCCCAGAACGAGGCAGUUGGCAAACUUCUCAGGACAACGACCCCUCCCCGUUUUUCUUUGUACGCCACACAGUGCAUUGUUUUUUCUACCUGCUUAUUUUUAGAAUAAUUUAGAAAAACAAAACAACGGCUGUUUUUCCUAAGUUUGGCAUGAACCCCUUGUUCCAGUGAAGACGGCACUGCAAAGCGGCUGGAAGAGGGGAGCGCAAACAGCCCGUGGUGUACCUUGGCCGUCGGCGUCUGUCCUGGGGCGCGGGGCACGGCGACCUGGCCCGCGGGUGCCGUCCUGCUGAUGUGGUAGCUAGCAGCAUUUUGGUUAAAAUCAUGUUUGUGACUGUAACCAUUUGUAUGAAUUAUUUUAAAGAAAUAAAAUUCCCAGAAAGAGCCUG